AUGGCGGUGGCUGCGUUCCAGGGCGGGCACGACCAGGGCGUCUAUGGGCUGGUCAACGGGCUGGGGUCGAUUGCUGUGCGCACCCUGUUCCAGCCCUUUGAAGAGGCUGCCUUUGUGGCCUUCAGCAAGGAGCAAGGCCAGAAGGCAGCAGGUCCCUCCCAGCUGCGCCGCCAGGCCCGCCUGUUGGCGGUGCUGGUGCGCUGCAUCACCACGGUGGGCCUGCUGGGCGCCGCCUUUGGGCCCGCCUACUCGCACCUCGCACUGCUGGUGCUCUACUCGCGGCGGUGGGCCGACACGGAGGCUCCCGUGGCACUGGGCCUGUACAGCCUGUACUUGGUGCUGCUGGCAGCCAACGGCAUCCUGGAGGCCUUUGUGCACUCGGUGGCCAACGAGCGCCAGCUCCAUGCCAACAACGCCGCGCUGGUGGGCUUCACCGCGGCGCAUGCCGCGCUCAGCAUUGUGGCAGUCAGGGCGGGCGGUGCGUGCGGCCUGAUUCUGGCGGACGGCGCCAACAUGCUGCUGCGCAUCGCGUAUUGCCUGGCCUUCACACGCCGCCGCUUUGUACCUGCGGUUCCUGGCUUCCACCUGCGCCUGCUGCUGCCCAGCCGCCAGACGGGGACAACAUUGGCGAUGGCGGCUGCCGUCACUUGCACAGCGCGGCUGCUGCUGCUGCCAGGCACUUCCUCGCUGGUGCAGCUGGGCCGGCAGCACGGCAUCAGCCUAGUGCCCGACGCGUUGGCAAAGCAGCUGGCCGGCCAACCGUUUGCUGUGCUGGCAGCAGCGCACGUGGCAGUGGGCGCAUCCUGCCUGGCCGUAGUGGCGGCUGCCAUUGUGCGCUACGAGCGCAGCAUUGUGAGCGAGGUCAGACUGCUGCGCAAGGGCGCCAAGAGCUCGUGA